CGGGUGAGGGCUCCCUCUGCUGGCUUGGCAUUACACUACACUCUAAGAGAAUGGAGGCCUUUUGUAUUUAUCCCUUUCUUUCUGAUGUUUUUAUUAGCUAUCACAGCUAAUUGUAUUGUAAUAUAUUUAAUCAUAUGUCAAAAGUCUCUGCAUUCUCCUAUGUAUGUGUUAAUAGCUGUUAUGGCCAUGUUAGACUUGAUCAUGCCUAUAUGUUUUGUACCUAACAUGCUUCUAAGUUUUUUAUUCAAUUGGAGUGGGAUUUCUCUAAAUGGUUGUUUGAUACAGAUGUUUGGCAUUCAUUUUGUUGGAACAUUUCAAAUUGCACUGCUUUUUUGGAUGGCACUGGAUCGAUACUUUGCAAUAUGCAGACCUCUUUACUAUCAUAAAUACAUGGAAAUUCCUCACUUCCUAAAGUUUGUUUUUGCACCAGCAAUAAGAAAUGGACUCCUGAUGGUCACAAUGGUUUCUCUAGCUGGAAGACUAUCAUUUUGUUUAACAAAUGUCAUUGAUCACUGUUUUUGUGAACACAUGGCAUUGGUUCAGUUAGCAUGUGGAGAUAUAUCUAUUAAUAAUAUUGUAG